AUGGAUGGCCAGAAAGAUCCAGUCACUGAACUAAAGAGAAUCAUACUCCAUUUUGAUUACGACUGCUUUUAUGCUCAAGUGGUCGAGAACAAACAUCCUGCGCUAAAAUCUCGGCCGCUGGGGAUCAAGCAAAAGAGCAUCCUCGCCACGUGCAACUAUGCCGCAAGGGCUCGCGGCGUCAAGAAGCUCGGCCUCAUCUCAGAGGCCAAAAAGUUAUGCCCGGACUUGGUCGUGGUUAACGGGGAGGACUUGACACCCUUCCGAGACGUCUCCAAGACUCUCUAUCGGGUGCUGAGAUCCUCGUGUGGCCACAACCUGAGGGCUGAGCGUCUCGGCCUGGACGAGAUAUUCUUGGAUGUUACCGACAUCGUGGCGUACAACCUGCAGCUGCUGAACCCCCAUGACUUCGCCCGCUCGUUUUUCUGCCUUUCCGAGACAGAUCCCGAGAUUGGCUUCGCGUUUGAUGCUACAACGUUUGCGGGGUGUGUUGUUGCUCCCGGAAACAGUACCCUCGAAGACGGCACUGCCCCCUUGCCACUCUUUUCCUCCCAACAGGGACUGUCCGCCAGCCGCCUCGCGUCACACCUGGCCUUUUAUCUGCGUCAAAUGAUCGAGAAACAGGGAUACACAUGCGCCUGCGGUAUUGCAACCAAUAAAGCCCUUAGCAAGCUGGUCGGGAGUCUGAACAAGCCCCGGAAUCAGACCACCCUUUUGGCUCGUAGUCAAGAGGAUUUGAGCUCCUUUCUAGACCCGUACCGUCUUCGCAGUGUGCCUGGCAUCGGAGGCAGGAUGGUUAGCGUGCUGGAAAGCUAUGUAUCCCACUCGCGGGAAGCCAGCAGCCGAGAAGCUGGCGGUGGCAGACACGGCGCUGCGGCACAUCCAAAAAAGGAGAAAGGGGAUAACGAGGAGCCCCUGACUGUGGGACAGCUAAGGACCCACCCUGGCAUGGGCCCCGAGCUCAUAGAGAAGCUCCUCCGCCCAUCGGGGAUGGAAAGGGGAAUAGGCGAGAAGACGUGGGCGCUGCUACACGGCCAGGACCGCUCGGAGGUCAAAGAAGCGAGCGAUGUGCCGGCGCAGAUUAGCAUCGAAGACACCUAUGCCAGCGCAGGCUUAAACACUGCUGUCCAGGUAAAGCGGGAGCUUGACAAAAUCUCAGCCUCGCUCAUCACGCGGAUGCGCGCCGACCUGGCCGAGGAUACCGGCAGCAGUGGCACCGGCGCAGCACGCACGGCAGGGGCAGAUGCCGCUCGGAAGUGGAUCGCCGUCCCCAAAACCUUACGCCUCACGACACGACCCAGACACGACGGCUCACUCGAGGGCCGUGAAUACAACUACAACCACGGCCGGGCGAGCCGGAGCCAGCCCAUCCCUGGCUUCCUGUUGAGUCUCACUCAGCCCGUGGAUCAGCUCGCGCAGCGCCUUGUCGAAGAGAGCCUGAUGCCUAUGUUCCACCGUCUUGCGACCCCUAGACCUGGCGGCGGCGGCUACGAUGUUGGACUUCUGAAUGUGUGUGUCGCCAACGUAACUAUGGCCGCUGGUGACAGCGCUAGCAGCAGUGGCCGCGACAUCGCCGCCAUGUUCAAGAGGCGCGAUGAGUUCCGGCGCGAGUUUACUGUGCUCGACGAUGCGCCCGAGGAGGGGCAGCAACCUUCCCCGACAGUAUCGACUAGUAGCCCGAAGCCGCUGCCCAACUAUGACGAGAACGCCCAGGAGAACGGGCUUCUGGAGAUGUCUGUGCUAGGUGACGCCGAAGACGAUCUUUUCGAGGGUAACGAUGAGCUGGACCUCUGGGAUGAUCAAGACACCCAGCGCUGCCGGACGUGCGGUCACGCCAUACCCACGUUCGCCCUGGAGGCGCACUACAGAUACCACCUGCUAGAUGAUGAAUGA